AUGGCCUUUCUUUCGAAGAUUUCAAUCCUCAUAAUCGCCGUAAUAACCAUGACAUUGGCAGUUGGGUCAGGUUUUGCUUCCGGAGCCGGAGCGGCCCUAGUUGGUUACGGCAGCAGGACAGGUAGCAGUAGCAGUGGAGGAUAUGGCCUUCGCCAGAGUGGUUCUUUGAGUAAUGGAAGCGGCCGUUUGGGAGGAAGUGGAAGUGGUGGUUCUGGUGCAAGGCUGAUUGGUUCGAACGGUCGUCGUCUGGGAGGAGUUAUAGGUGGUGGCACUGGGGCACCGCGGGUCCAUUUUGGAGCCCGAGCUGGUGGAAGUGCCAGUGACAGCGCGGGAGGUGGGUUUGGCCGCCGAGGCACUGAAGGAAGGAGGGAUUGA